AAAAUCCCAGGACAUUCUUGAUGUGUCCUCAAGAAUACGCCAUUGAAAAGAUUGUCUACGGUCUCGUAAAAAACAAUGCGACUGAUAAAGGAGAGGGAAAGCAGUUGCUAAGUGGAAGCGUCUUCGUUGCCCAGCCUGGGGCCCAUGACGAGGAUGACCAGUUCUGCCCGACCCUCCAACGAUGUCUCUUCCAUCAAGCGUGCGUGUUCCGGUUCGGCAAUGAGUUCUGCAUGCACGACCCUGCGCCAGGUGUUCGAAAGAUGGUGAAAGCAUCGGUAACCUGCACGAGGGAGCAGAAACUGGCAUCGAUGUACCCAGAUAUGCCCGCGCACAAAUACUGGGAUCAGGUGCUUCACCUGCGGUACCGGUCCCGCGUCGAGUCCGGUGUCCGUGACUACCUGCACACGCCGAUAUCAGAGCAUCGCGCCGCCGAGUCGGAGGUGUUCGACGUCGGCUGUCCGACGCGCCAGCAGGCGGUGGUGCGCGGCUUCCGCGGUCAGUGCUCGGCCGACCCCGCCGAGCCCGCCGCGUCCACCUGGACGGUGCUGGCCAGGGCGUCCCGACACUGCCGCGACCAGCUGAUGACCGUGCUCUGCGCGUUCCUGUUCGACGGUGGCGGCAUGUGCCUGCCACCUCAGUCGGGCCGACCGGGCCAGGCCGGCUUCGACUACGAGGCGCUGCCAAUGCCGGGACCGCGUCACAACCUGACACGCUACACACAGAUUCUCAGCGCACCAGAGCGUGACUUGAUUCCCGUCAGGAUCGGCUUCCUAUUGCUUGUGCACAAAGACGUCAGCUCGACGCUGCAGCUACUGGAGCAGAUCUACAGGCCACAACACUAUUACGUGGUGCACGCGGACUCUCGCGCCGAGGAGGUGCGUCGCCUGCUGACGUCAACUCUACGCCGGCUCCCUAACGUCCGCGUGCUGCCCGGCGAGCGGUCAUUCGCCACCUCUUGGGCGUCCUACAACAUCGUGCGCGCCGAGCUGGAGGCGCUGGAGGAGCUGUUGCGUCUGGGGGUCUGGGACCAUGCGGUGGUGCUGAGCGGCUCGGACCUCGCCAUCAGGAGUGUGGACGAGCUGGCGGCAGCGCUGGCCGCCCAUAGGGGUACUUCUAUGCUGUCCACCUUCGAUGGCUGGAAGGAGAAGCCGGGGCGACCCAGCCACGUGCAGGCGAUGUGCGACAACCAUGUCUACACGCUGAGCGCGACACACGCUCUCGAUCCAGCGGUCCGUCUCAAGGGCAGUUCUCAGUGGUUCGUGCUGUCGCGAGAUAUGGCUGAGUUCGCCACGAACCUGCAGCAGCAUCCGGCCAUAGCGCGGCGGCUGUUCCGGUUCAGACACCACGCCAUUCCUGACGAGUUUUUCUUCUCCACUCUGCUAUACGCAUCACCGUACAGGGAAGCCAUGGUGAACACCAACCUACACCACAUGAAGGGAUUCGAGAAGGACAACCUGGAUGGCCUGUGUAGGCACCAGGACGACGCGGACUUUUGUGGCAGGGGCCCUGGCGACUUCACCGAGGAAGACCUGAAGUCGAUCAGGGCUUGGGCUGUGCCCUCCAAGUUUUUCGCGCGCAAGUUCGACACGUCCGACGUCAACUCACCCGUAAGGUCGCAGGUGAUUGACAUGUCGGCGGCGUUCACCGCCAGUGUCCAGGAUCAGUUUCCGCUACCGUUCCUCAGGCGGAUUGCUGAGAAUGCCUUGAUGCGGCUGCGCGGACGCGAGAGGGGCUUCGACGGUCCCGGCCUGCGGCUGGACUUCACACGGGUCACGGUGCUACCCCGCUUCGCCAGCUCCGCUCCAGGCUGCCAACCGGUUUGGCGGCUGCACAGGCAUGUCGCAGAAGAGUUCGUCUUCUGGAUCGACUUCUCAGUGGGUGUUGACGGCGGCUCGGAUGUGGAGACAGUCCGGGCUCGGGCUGCAUCUGUGCCCACGAUCCGCUGCUUUGACGACGGCCACCUGCUGGCCAUGGCCCUGUAUACGGGACACUACAGACAGGGCAACACGACAUCCAGUACGAGACGCAUUCCGUUCCCGUACAUCCGGGCCGGCGCUGUCGCUGUCUCAGUGGACCUGGAGUUUGACGUGGGGCGCGCGGCUCGACCACACUGGCUGGCCGUACCUCUCGUGUCGCAGCAAGACAAGGCGGCGGCCAAGCGCCAGGCCCGGCCAUUCACCAUCCGCCUGCGGCUGACAGACGGUACAGGACGGGUCAGCUGUUCCCAGCGUCAGAGCAUUACACUGAGCAGCUUCACCGCGAGCGAGGACCUGGGCGUCGUGUUCGGCUCGCACACGGUGCACGUCCGCUGCCAGUACGCCCUACCGGCUGGCAAGUACACGGCCCGCCUCACACAGGAGGACGCUGGUCGGCCAUUUGAAUAUACUCUGCCGUUCUAUGUCAUACCAGAAGAGAACUAUGACAAGUAUCCAUACAUUGACGACCUGUGGCACGUUGAGAACGCUGCUUUUCUGCCUCUGGUGGACUACUACAGCUACACUGCGAACGACGAUCUACAAUUUCGAGUCCCAGCAUCACGAACGACGGUCAAGUAUCUGACAACGCCCGAGAAAUCAACACCCAGCCAGGACAGCACAUUUGCGUUCUCUGCAUCGAGAGACCAGGAAACUGGAAUUACCGGAGAUGAUUACCUGGAACACGCGGCAGAUGCUGCACCAGAGGCGCCAGUCAUCUACCACGCAUUGCUUUGCUCCAGCUGGCCGCUGUCCCGUCCUCUGGCUGCUACGGCAGUCGUCAUGGUGCUCGCGCUGCUCCUCUGCCUCGGAGCCCCGGCCCGGCUGAGGCGCCGCCACCGCGUGCUCACGCUGUGGACGCCGCCGACGGCCAGCCUCCUCUACUUCGUGCUGCGCGGCCUGGACCUGAUGUGGUGCGAUAGUGGCGUCACCUUUGACGCCCACCGGUCGUGACAAACCCUUUGAAUAGACGAGCGUGCGCCUCGUACUCGAGCGGGGCGCAGAACGCAUGCUGUGUUUUUGACCGCGAUGACUUUGUUGAAUUGAGCGCGCUCAGCAUGCCAGGAAAGGUCUGUUUUAUUAGUGAAAUGGGAUGUCUCGCGUUUUAUCUGUGUAACAGAACCGACCAUGAGCGUUUGAAUUCCCCACCCGUUCCCCUCUAGCAUACUUGUGCGGGUCUGAACCUUCGGGAGUAGUAAAUUAACUACUGCUCAAAACCGGUCACAUGCGAUUGGCGUAUAAUAAAUAAUAAAAGUUGCAACCGGCGUACAAACCGAUUAGUCAAGCUCCGGCCACAGAACAGUGCGGUAUUCUUGCUACUGGACUAACGUCAAAGGCUGCGACGUCUAACCGUACUUGUGAAGAAAUCCUGCGGUGAGACGUUUUUCGGCAUUAAGCUACCGUUCAAAAGAAAAACAGAUCUGAGCUCCACCCUCAGUUAUUAAGCUGUUUAUAUUUUUCGAUGCAGCCCGAAAAACUGCAUCCUGUGGUGUAAAGCUAAAAAAUUGGCAAAAUUUACGUUCAAAAUAUUGCAAAUUUAUUUCCUGAAGCACGUAAGCAUUAAGUUGCCGAAACAAGUUAAUGUUAAAAAGUGAAGAAGUUUAUGUUAAGUAGAUUUAAAUAUGCUGCUACAUUGACAAAAUAAGUUUACAGCAGCGACAGAUGUCAAAAUAGACAAGCUAGUAUUAAGACACUCAGCAGCUUGAUCACCUGAUGCUUCAUCACAAUAGCUGCACACGUAUUUCACAUGAUGAUAACCCAAUUAUUUGCGCUCACAUUCACGCGCAUCAGUCGUUUCCGAUGCAAUGUAAAAAUUAACGGUGCCGCUGGUCGAAGAGUUCAAGAAACAUUACUUGAGAGUGCGUGUUGCUUACAAUACAGCCAGUGAAUCUGGCAAGCACUCUAGGAGAGGCUGGUGUCUGUCGAUGCAUGCUGAAUCUCUCAGUUAUGUUUGUUUGGUCGAGUUUUAUUCGUUUUUAG